UUUAGUUAUAUGCUCUUUGUAAACCAUGUCGAUGAAAUCUUUUAAUAUAAAGCCCGCAGCCAACGAAGAAGAGGACGAAAAAAGGAGUAAAAAGUCCAAUCUCCAAUCCAAUCAAACCAUCAACCAUAAAAUGAGUAAAACUGCAAGCCUAAUACUUCGCAAAACGCAGUCGCAUUUCUUAGUGUCCUCUGAGAAACUGGACAAGGCCACGAAAAGGGUUAUAGCUCCGUACGCACAGAUAGUGAGGAAAGGGUUAAAAGAGGAGAGGAAAGAAGGGACAUACUUGGAUAUAAAUAGGUUUAACGUGUUCUUGGAAGAUACCGUUGAUUUGGACUCGCUGCUGUAUGAGACUGCUAUGGUGUUGAAGACUGUUACUAAUAGUUCUGGAGCUUUUGUGUACAUUGUGAAUAAAGUGAACAAUGAACUGAUACUGAUGCCAAAAAAUACGAAAAAUCCAGCGAGACAUGAAGUCAACAUUCCUAUUGAAGAGGGCAAGAUGGCCGCAGCUCACGUGGCCUCCACCAAGGAAUACCUGGUACUAGACGAUGUGCAGCGCGACCGGCGCUUCUCCUCGGGCCUUCACUGGAUAGAUGCUAACACCGCGCUCGUGAUGCCAGUACUGCAGCCUGAUGGAGAUUUAUAUGCUGUGCUGGAGCUGUAUAGGACGUGUGCGGAGCCCUAUGAUGCGAACGUGGUAUACACGGUGGUGAGCGUAGCCUGCUGGGCGGGCGCAGCGGCGCACCAGGCCGCCGCCCGCAUCACGCUACAAAAGACCGGCCAUCUCAACGCGGAGCUACGCGCUUUGCUCAAUAGCUACUUCUGCAACUUGGCCUCUAUUGACACAAUGCUUACCGACAUGUUGGCUGUAGUGAAGUCUUUCAUGGGUGCCAUGCGGAGCAGCUUCUACAUCAUAGACCGCGAGCGCGCCGAGCUGACGGCCGACAUGUGGGACGACGGCUGGGCAGAGAACACUGCCAUGCCCCGCAAGAAAACUAAAAUAGACUUGAACGCCGACCAGACCCCGGCCGGCCUAGUGGCACGGACCGGGGUGUGCCUCAACGUGCGAGACGCGUACAAGGACCCUCGAUUCACGAAGGAGGUGGACCCUACUACGGGUACCGUCGUGCGAUCGUGCCUGGCUAUGCCGAUUAUGGAUAAAAAGGGAGUUAUUGGAGUUGUCCAACUGACCAACAAAAAGAACGCGAAACCGUUCGAAGCCGAAGACGAGGAGAUAUUCAAAGUGUUCGUCAGCUACUGUUCUCUCAUCGUGCAGUUCUACCACAUGCAUCAGGAGAAGAUCUACCAUGAAAACCUCAACCACGUGUACUGCGACCUGAUGCAUGUGCACCUGAAGCCGUGCCGACACGACUUCGACGAGCUCAUAGAGAGCAACGGGAUCGCUAUACCGCCGAACAACUUUAACAACUACAACUUCCAUAUAAGUGAGAUCAGCAAAGAAGACAUGCCCGGGCUCGUGUGCUACAUGUUCAGUGAAACCAUCAUGGAGAAGAUGAGUUUCGACCGCACGCAAAUGGCUGACUUCGCGCUGACGGUGCUGGGAUGUUACCGGCCGAACCCUUACCAUAACGCAGAACACGCGUUUUGUUUUACGCACACUAUGUAUAUGAUACUGCUGACGAACCCGGGACACUUUGAUCCUAUUGAGACAGCGGCACUGCUCCUGUCCGGGGUGUGCCACGACCUGGACCACCCAGGCGUCAAUAACAACUUCCUCUCGCUCACAAACCACCCGCUCUCGCAGAUGUACAGGACCUCGCUAUUGGAAUACCACCAUUACUUCCUAGCCAAGAAGCUUAUUGAGGAUAAGAAAAUCAUAUCAAAGCUGCCGCCAGCCGACCAGGAGCGCCUACUAGAGGAGAUCAAAUACGACAUCCUCUGCACGGACCUAGCUGUGUACUUCCAAGUGAGGGCUCAGCUCGCCAACGUAGUCGCCGAAGGUACCUUCGACUGGAAACUGUCCACACACAGGAACCUGCUUAAGGGAAUACUUAUGACGACAAGUGAUCUCUCGGGAUGCUGCAAACCAUUUGGUGUUGCUAAAGCUAUAACGGCUUGUAUAUACGAAGAAUUUUAUAAUCAAGGUGAUAAAGAGCGCGCAAUGGGCUACACCCCGCUCAGCAUGAUGGACCGCAGGCGCUCCUCGAACCAGCCCGCCGAACAGAUCCAAUUUCUGUGUGUGGUGGUGAUGCCCUGUCUGCUCCUGCUCCAACAUGUGUUCCCUAACACGGCGCAACUUGCUGAUAAUUGCAGAUCUACCCAAGAAUAUUGGCACGAGGAGAUCGAGAUCCGCGGCCAGAAACUGUGGAAACAGGACGACUCGCUCGUGAGCGUCGGACGUAAGAACACGAUUAGCACGAACGACACCCCGGAGUAGGUAGACGAUUGAAUAUGCACCUUACACGGAGGAGUUACGGUUGUUUUUGCUUUGUACAAUACACUUUGUCUGGUUUGCCAAUCGUGUCACAAAGUAGUUGAAGAUAAUUGGUCUAAAAUGUACCCUUAUUAGAUAAAGCCUGCUAUUGCUAUUUCUUUAAAAUAUAUAAGAUAGUUCCCUAAAACUAUACUCUGUACUGUAUCUUUAGGUACUUAAAUAAAAGUAAACAAAAUCUACCCUCAAAUGGUUCCUUAUGCCAGUUGAGGGUAGAUGAAAACAUUACAUGAUCAAAUAAUGUAGGUUAAUGUCAGGUCGUUCAGUGCCAGAUUCAGGCGGUUUUGUAUUUGGUUGGUUAACCAAUAAAUGUUAUAACUACCCGAAAAUUUACAAAUUGUUUACUUUUAUUAAAAUAUCUAAAGAUACAGACUAUAGGCAAGUCGGUUGGAACCGAGUUCCAUGCCCGCUCCACGAAUGCUAUAUUCUAUCUAUUCCGUAUGGAUAUUCAAAAAAAAUCCACAUGACUCGGGCGUUGGGCCACUGAUAUAAUUAAUUAAUGUCAGUAACCUACGAGAAUAGGUUUAGACCUCGCUCGGAAAGAUGGCGCCAUACCAUUGGCGCGCCUUACUCUUGUAGAUGGCGACACCUUUUGAUCUUUAACCUUUUGGACGCCAAUGACCGAUAUAUCCGCACCGCAGGUCCAACGCCAAAGACGAAUUAAUCGGUCACAGACCACAGAGCAACAUAGACAUACGUGCAUAUGCAUAAAGUUCAAUUUCAGUUUUGACACUUCGGUGACGUGGCGUCCGACAGCUUUUGUAUUUGACACGGCGUCGAAAAGGUUAACAAAUUUAACCCAUAUCAGUGAAAGAACAAGGUUCAAAGUCAAAGUUUUAAUCCUGUAUCGAAAGAUGGCAGUAACAGUGACUACAAAAUUUACUUGGACAAUUCGAUUCUAUUCUAAAUUCUCUGUCACUGGCAUAGGUAUCCAGCUAGCUAGGUAGGUGUACUGGUAGGUAACUUCAGCUAGUUUCUGCUUUGUCACGA